UCCCCCUCCCCCACAUUCCGGUUCAAGCCCUUGUUUCUCAGUGUAGUUGUGUAGGACACAGAUCCCUGGCCCAUGCUGGUGUUAUGAGCCUUGUGCUCCCCUACUCUAGGCAGUCAGUCGCCCGGUUGUUGGUCCGCAGCCCACAGCAGCUCACACCAACCUCCAGCUGAUCACGGCAGCCCAGCUCCAGGGAGAGCUGUUGUUCACAAUCUUAGCUGUAGAGGGCGCAGCUCACUGGCCCAUGUGGGAAUCGAACCAGCCACCUGGGCGUUGAGGAGCACACGCUCCAACAACCUGAGCCCCUGGGCCGGCCCAAAACACAUUUUCUUGGCUCUCUUUUUCGCCGCUAUCGUAGGGCGUGGGCUGACUCUUCCUCACCAUGUCUUCUCACAAGACUUUCAGGAUCAAGAGGUUCCUGGCAAAGAAACAAAAGCAGAAUCGGCCCAUUCCCCAAUGGAUUCAGGUGAAAACUGGUAGUAAAAUCAGACACAUCUCCAAGAGGAGACAUUGGAGAAGGACCAAGCUGGGUCUAUGAGGAAUCGCACAUGAGAUGGCACCACAUACUUAUGUUAUGUCAGGGUUGCUUGGAUCUUAACCAUGGCACUGAAAAGAUCACUACUAUCUGAACAGUUGGGUGUGCUUUAUUGGGAAAUUAUGGGGGGAAUGAGUUUUCUCUUAAUAUGUUUCUGCACUAGUAGGUUGGUUCA